UUACCAUGGAUACAGUAAAUAAACAAGACAGAAGAAGUACCAGUAAGAAGACAGGAUUGUAAACAUCUAGGGCAUACAGGAAGAUGCCGGAUAUCAUGGACAUCCAAAGCAAGGCAGCAGCCAGUCCUGGCACAAAGCCACGCAUUUAUCCGCCAGUGGCCAAACUCAAUCCUGUUGCUGACCCACGGAAAAUGAGAAGGAUCAUUGCGGAGGACCCAGAAUGGUCUCUAGCUGUAGUUCCCCUUCUUAAAAACCUGUGCCUACAACAUAUCGUUAAAAACUUCCAUAAUAAUCCAAUUCUUGACAAACUUCUUCCCAGUCACAAAGCCCAAGUGCUGGAAAGGCUGUCCACCAGCCUGCCUUUACAAGUGACAGCCAACCUGAUAAGCGAUGAGGGGUAUUGGUUGAGGUGUUGCACAGAACGCUGGGGCGUCAGUGACGUUUCUUGUUACGGACAGAGCUGGAAAAGGAUGUUCUUUGAACGUCAUUUGCAGAACAUGAUUGAGCUCUUUAUCCCUGAUGUGACAGACCCACAAAUGAUCCUGGAUAUGGUCCCCCUUUGCAGGAAUUAUGUGCGAAAGAUAGAGAUAUCCCAGCUGUUACCACCUGUCCGGGAGCCACAAAAUGAGGAUGAUGAUGCCUCUGAUACAGCCAGUGACACUGGUUUUGACGGUCCUUCCAUGGAUCAUUUUGACUUCGGCAUUCUCCUAGACAAGCUCAGUCAUCUGGAAGAGCUGCAUGUGGUGUAUGGAGUCAAGGGAUGUGGGAUGAACUUUGAAUGGAACCUGUUUGAAUUUACCUAUCGGGACUGCCAGUCCCUUGCUAAAGCUUUAAAGUCUUGCAAAUCUUUGAAGGUCUUCAGAAUACAUGAGAGCAAGGUAGAUGAUGAAAAAGCCCGAGUGCUUAUUCACAGCUUACUGGAUCACCCCUCCUUGAAGGAGCUGGACCUUUCUCACAACUUAAUUGGGGACAGAGGGGCAAGGGCUAUAGGCAAACUGAUCAAUAGAAGCCAGCUGGAAAAGCUCAUUGUUUACAACAACAAAAUCAGAGGUCCAGGAGCACAGGCAAUUGCAUAUGCACUGUCCAAAAAUGCCACCCUGCUGUCUUUAAACCUCAGACUGAAUCGCACUGGAGAUGAAGGGGGACAGUCCAUUGCUCAGGCUCUUCUAAAGAAUACCACCCUUGUAAGCUUGCAUCUGGGUAGCAAUGAGCUGACAGAGCCCACAGCCUCUGUUCUGUCUCAGGUUCUUGUUCAGAAUACAACCCUGAGAAGCAUCAACCUUUCAUGCAACAGACUAGGAGCAGAUGGGGGCAAACUACUGGAAGAGGGCAUGUCUCACAACACUACUGUGGUGGAGUGUGAUAUACGCCUAACAGAAGUGGGGCAGGAGAGUGAAUACUGUAUCAGCCAGAUCCUUAGAGGCAACCAAGAGAAGGCACGCAAGAGACACCUUCAGGAAUCUAGAGCAAAUAAAUAGAUCCUCAUAUGUACAGUUUUCACAUGAGUACUUUGACAUUUAGAAUGCCUUUGAAAACAUUUUGAAUAUAGUUUAUUAAAUUAAGUUUUGCAUGCAUGAAGUACUUCAGCAAAAAGUGUUAUUAACAGAUCAAGAUACUUUUUAAAUGUUUAUGUUUGAUGUUUGUUUUCAUUCAAACAAAAAUAAAAAAAAACAUAUCAAUGCUUUUCUAUAAUAUAACUGCUAUAGAUUAUUUUUUGACACAUUACUGCUACCUUCACUCUGUUGUUGAAUCAAUAAAGAAAUACAUUUCCAUUGAA